AUAAUGACUGUCGAAUACUUUGCCAAUCUUUGGACACAAUCCUAUACACAACAUUUAAAAAUACCAAUGAGUUAACUUUAACCGUACCAUUAUCAGCCAAAUCCUCAAAUAACUGUUAUAAUAAUAUUUCAUCACCUGAAAUAGACAAGUCUUCAAUUGAAAAUAAUAAUGAUGAGAAUAAUAUCAAUCUUGAUGUUACUAUUGUUGAUCAAGGCAAAGAUACUAAUACUGAGCCUGAUUUUGCUGGUGACAAUACUAAAGUUGUAAUUAGUGAUCCUGUUUAA